AUGCACAAUCUCCUACGCGCCUCCGCGCUCCUCGCGCUGGCCGCACCCCUCCUCGUCUCCGCCGCCCCAUCCCUCACAGACGUCCUCGCCAACCACCCAAACCUCACCCAGCUCAACCAGCUCCUUACAACAAACAUGCCGGACUUCCUCAAGAACCUCCAAAACACCCCCGAGCCUUUCACCUUCAUCGCGCCCAACGACCACGCUUUCAUUCGGGUUCCGUAUACAGAUGUCUUAGGUCAAGCGUUCAACAAUAAGGAUUACGAGGGCGACAUCACGAAUAUUCUGAAUUAUCAUGUCCUGCCUGGUGCCCAUCCGACGUCGAGUAUGAAUAAGAAUGGCAGUUUUCAGUUCUUAUCUACUUCGCUUGGGAAUCAGAAUUGGUCGGCUGUGACCGGUGGGCAGAAGAUAGGUGCUGUGUUGCAGGGGAACAACCCACCACAGCUGGUCUUCACCAGUGGGCUGAGCACCAGGAGUUCAGUCGUGGAUCAAGACGUUGAGUUCGACGGAGGCAUCAUCCAAAUCAUCGACGCCUUCGCCAUCCCCCCCAUGCCCUUCGUCUACACCGCCGACCAAUACAACCUAGCCUUCACCGCCCAAUCCAUCCUCUCCUUCCUCGGCGCCGUGUACUCGCAACCCUCGAACCUCUCCCUCGCGACCACCCUAAACACCACCAACGACCUGACCAUCUUCGCCCCCGCCAACAUCGCCAUGGAACUCGUCUCGGGAACCCUCGAAACCCUAUCCCCCGCCACCCUCAACCAAAUCCUCAGCUACCACAUCCUCCCCAACGGACCCGUGUACUCGGCGGAUUUCAUCAAUAAUACCCAACUCCCAACUUUACUCGGAGGCAAUUCUUCCGUCUCCCUAACCUUCACCUUCAACUCCUACUUCGUCAACUCCGCCCGGGUCAUCGCCUCGGAUAUCCUAAUCAAAAACGGAGUCCUGCAUAUUCUGGACAAUGUCCUCGCCCCCAACAGCACAGCGGUCAAUAUCAACCCGAUGACAUAUACUCAGCAACCCGCCCUCCCGACCACUUUCUCCGGCUCCCAGAGCUUCAACAGUUCCGCCGCGCCAUUUACCACUUUCGUGCCUAACUUUUACAUUUCAGCCAGUCCGAGCUCGGAUACUGGAGCGGCGGCGACGGGGAGUGGAGGGGCGGGGGGGUUUGGCGGGUUUGGGACGGGGACGGGGAGUUCGAGUUCUGCGGUGGCGUCGGCGACGAAGAAGGGGAAGAGUGCGGCGGGGGGGAGUGUGCGGCAUGUUGCGGGGGAGUCGAGGUGGUUGGGCAUAGGAUUGGGGAUGGUGGCGGGGGUUGCGUUGGGGGGGUGUUUGGUUCUCUGA